GUCGCCUGCAGCACGUUGACUGUCCCGUUUCGUAACAUCAAACUGCAUAACAUUUAUCAUGUCCCUGUUUAGUGGAUUAACGUCGGUGAGAGACAUGACCCGCAUCACACUUGUUUUUUCUACGAGACCUCGCAUAAAAGUCGGACGGCUGGUCGGUGCAGCUUUGACCUCCUGCAGAUGUUUCCACACUGAACGUGUCAGACAUGAAUCGAGCGCACUUCCGAUAGUUCAUCACAGUAAGUACGUGUGUGACCUCCCACCCAACCACAGGUUUCCUAUGGGCAAGUUCCCCCGGGUUCUGCAGCAUUUAAUCAAAGAUCAAGUCAUUACAGAGAAACAGGUGUGGGUCCCGGAAAUUGCCUCUAAAGAUUUACUCAGCUGUGUGCACACCGAGGAAUACCUUAACAACUUCAUAAGUGGGAAAAUAAAUGAGCAAGAACAAAGGAGGACAGGUUUCCCCUGGAGUGAAGGUAUAGUGAGGCGCUGUCGAUAUGAAACAGGUGGGACAGUUCUAGCUGCUGAAGCCGCUCUGCAGAGGGGUCUGGCCUGCAGCACAGCAGGAGGAACCCAUCAUGCGUUCCCAAGCUUUGGUUCAGGGUUUUGUCUCCUCAAUGACUUGGCAGUGGCGGCCAAAUACCUGAUGGGCGGCUCCUCGCCCAAAAGGAAGGUUCUGAUUGUGGAUCUAGAUGUGCAUCAGGGCGACGGCACUGCUUUCAUUUUUAAAGAGGAGCCGUGUGUGUUUACAUUUUCUGUGCAUUGUGGGAAAAACUUCCCCCUCCGUAAACAACAAAGUGACCUAGAUGUCAGCGUGGAGGAUGGGCUGGAAGACGAGGAGUACCUCUCCAUGGUGGAGGCCCACCUCCCCUGGCUGCUGGAGACCUUCCGUCCAGACCUGGUCCUGUAUGAUGCAGGUGUUGACCCUCAUUGGGAGGAUGAACUCGGGCGGCUCCGUCUGACUGACCAAGGGCUGUAUCAGAGAGAUCUGUACGUGAUGAAGACUGUGCUGAGCAGAGGUGUUCCUCUCGCUGCCGUUAUCGGAGGAGGAUACUCGAGGGACAUCGACAAACUGGCCGCCAGACACUCCAUCGUUCACAGAGCAGCAACUCAGGUGUGGAGGGAGCGUGGAAUGUAAAGCCUUUAUGCCCUCAAUCAAAAGGGACCCUCAGAGCCGAACCGGUACUCGAUCUUCAGGAGCCAGCAAUUAGAUUUUGGAAUUUUUAAAAAAAAUCUGAUAAUGCCACAUUAUAUGAAUCAAUACUUGUUUUAUAUACUGUAUAUUUAUCUAUUCUGUACAUGCAGCAGCUUUACAUUUUAGUAAAGAGUUAUGAAAAAGACAUUGGAGACAAUUCAUUCCUAACUAAGACUAAGAUUCUACUAUGUGUUCCAUGUGUUCAGAGUAUCUGAGCUCUACUCAGGAUAUUUCAAUUUGGGAAGUCACUC